AUGAAUGUUUGCAAACCUAAAAAAGAAGGGGGUUUAGGUCUUCUAAAUCUCAAAUUAUGGAAUGUGGCAGCCAUGGGGAAGCAUGUUUGGAUGAUUACCACCAAGAAAGACAAUGUUUGGGUUAGGUGGGUGCAUUCAGUGUAUAUCAGAGAUAAAAAUUGGUGGGAUUACUCACCAAAAGUGUCUGAUAGCUGGUACUGGAAAGCAAUAUGUCAGGUAAAGGAUUUGAUGAAAAGCUACAUUUCAUCACAACAGUUGGUGGCAAUGCCUAAGUAUUCAAUAAAGCAGGCCUAUAGUAGUAUGUCAACUGGUUCUGAGAAUUUGAAGUGGUGUUAUGCAGUCUGGGGGAGAUUGAACAUACCUAAACACAGAUUCAUUACAUGGUUAGCCAUGCUGGAGAGGCUGAACACCAAGGAGAAAUUGAUGAAGAUUGGUGUUACCCCUGAUAAUUGGUGCCUGAUAUGUGGCACUGAUGUUGAAAGCCACUCACAUCUGUUUUUCAGAUGUGAAUACAGCAAGCAAUGCUGGUCUGACAUUGCUGUUUGGUUAGGUAUUCAUGCCAGUCACUAUGAUCUUGUUUCUCUGAUUCAGUGGACUCAUAGGAAGAAGCUUUCCAGAUUCAAGAAAUGUGUCAUAUAUUGCAGCAUACUUAGCACUGUCUAUCAUGUAUGGUGUGAGAGGAACAAUGCUCUUUGGAAUGGUCAGAUUAGAGUUCCUAGUACAGUGUGUAAGCAUAUCAAAUUCUGUGUACAUAAUAGAAUUAGCAACAUUCUCCCUAGGAAUGUCAACCCUGGUGAUCACAGUUGGUUUUCCAACUUGUGUGAGGGGUAG